AUGCUUUUCAAGCUGCUCGCGCACACUCUCGCAGGCGCCGGAAGGAAAAUCUGUCCUUGGAAGAUUUUCCCUCGAUCGAGAAUGGGGUCAAAGCUUAGGUUGGAACGAGAUGACGUCGAUGGACCUGCUAUCGACAAACGCGAGACGGUCCUCGCGCUGGCCAAGAUGACAAAUAACGCGUGGCAACUGGACUGCGGAUCACAACAUCGGUUGGGAGCCAGAUGCGACGGGUUCCGUGGUCACGUAUUUCUUUCUGCCGAUAAUGCCACUGCAAUACUUUCUAUCAAAGGGACCAGCGCUGGCCUGUUGGGUGGCGGUGGACCCACUGUACGCAAAGAUAAGCUGAACGAUAACCUAAUGUUCAGCUGUUGUUGCGCCCAUGUCGAUUGGACUUGGUCGACUGUUUGUGGAUGCUUCGGGGGAGGAAACAAAUGUGACGAAGACUGUGUCGAGGAUGCGCUGACGGAUGAGAGCUUAUUUUACCCUGUGGGAAUUAAUUUGUACAACAAUCUCACAUACAUGUACCCUAACGCAAAGAUAUGGGUAAUCGGCCACAGCCUAGGAGGUGCACUUGCCUCACUGAUUGGCACGACCUUUGGUGCACCCACCGUAGCGUUCGAGGCACCUGGAGAACGCAUGGCCGCUCAGAGACUUCAUCUCCCCAUGCCUUCUAUCAUAUACGAUACUGUUACCGAACUUCACUGGUCGGCAGAUAUCCGAACUCAUGGGAUCGUAGUGGUUAUCGAGCAACUGCUAGCCGCUGACUGGAGCGAACAAACCGGAAAGUCGAACAACAAGAAGGGAUGUGAAGACAUUGGCACUUCGUUGGAGGAUCGGUGGAAGUACCUACGCCGAAGCCAGAAGACGAUUGCGUUGAAUGCUACAUAUGGGAGUUUGGAGAUUAUAUGA